AUGCGUCUUAUCAGUAUUUUGACUUUUGGUGCCCAUCUGAUCUCUUUCUUCAUUAUUAUUAAUCUCCUGCCAUUAGGCCUCGCCUUGCCUCUCAGAGACCUCAGUUUUGGGACUCAUCCGCUUGAAUUGGCUGACAUAAUGCCAUUAAACAGUGUGGAUACCGCAGGCUUCAAAUCCUCUGGGCGCCGGUCGCCAAAAGACUAUUUAGGCGGUCUGAUUCAAGUCAAACGGAAGAAUUAUUGUGGCCAUCGACUAACCGAGACAGAUUUUGACGGGAUAAGACUUGACUUUCUGGAGGCAACGUUGGCCGCCCACGGCGGAAUGACAGCUUGUCACCUUUCACCUACAGUCAGAUUUUUAACCUUCCAGUCCUCUGGAGAUUAUGAUAAUGAGUAUUAUUUAUCCGAAAGCCAAGUCGACGGGUAG